AUGCUACCCUUCUACACUGAUUGGAGCGCUUCCCUGAAUUUUUUUCUAGGAGCCAACACCGCGCUCUUUAUCACAGCUUUGCCGAUUGUUUACUCUGUCGGGAGUCGAUAUUUCAGGGGCCGGAAUCAAACUCUUCCAACACCAUCAUCGCCGGCACCGUUGUCGCCUACACCGUCGUUGCCUAUUAAGCUGCCGUAUUUCGCUCCAGAUAUUCCACAUCCUCUUACGGAAAACACGGAGAUAGAGAAUGCCACUCUUCUAGUCAAGCACAACGGGUAUAAGGUUGUUCAAGUUGGUACUGAGUUUGUUGUCAAAUUCGGGGCGGCGAGUCAGGUUGACCUCCUUGAGGGCGUGAAUAUGGCUUUUGUCCAGCAAGCAACCAAGGUUAAGAUCCCACGAGUUUAUGCACUUUACAAUGACCCUGAGUCGUUGACAAACUAUAUCAUUAUGGAAUUUAUUGAAGGCAACUCCCUAGACACUCAGUGGGCACACUUCACCAAUUGCCAGAAGUGUGAAGUUGCUACAACACUCAGACAAUACUUUGAUGAACUACGCAAUCUCCCCUCACCAGGGUUCUUUGCUACACUGAAUGAGGCUCUGGCUUUGAAAUAUAUUGGAGAGUCUGAGCAUCGUACCACCUACAAUACUGAUUUCUAUCGUCGAUCGCUAUCGCAUGUUUUCCGCGGCCAUGUGCCGAAAUUCACGCAUGGGGACUUCCAGCGCAAGAACAUUAUGAUUAAACAACUGCCCAAUAACGCCAAUAAUAGCAAAUAUGAGGUGACUAUCAUAGACUGGGAAACAGCUGGAUGGUACCCCAGCUACUAG